AUGGACGUGAAAUUGCUAAUUUUUCUAGUGGCACUGUUGUUCCUGGCGAAGCCUGGGAAUGCCGAGUUUGGAUACAAUAAGGUAAUGCCGAAAACUCCCGAGGAGCUUGAAACUUUGGGCCUCAAGUGUAUCCCGGGUCGUACCGUUGUAAGGAUGCAAGCGGCCCACGAGGAGAAACUCAAAGACGACGAGACUGAGGAGGACGAUGAAGAAGUCGCCACAGACACGCGGCGGACCCACAUGAACCACCCGCCAAAGGACGAAAGCUGCAAGAUUUGCGUAUGCUCUGUGGAGGGCAAAGACGAGUACUGCAGCAGGAGACCAGCUAUGAACGUCAACGAGUGUAUCAGGAUGAGCAUGUUGAACGAAAGUUUCAACAACAACAUACCCUUUGAACACGAGCGAUCGCUAUCCUUCAGAAUCAGGAGAGUUGGCGAUGAUAAGGAUAGUUCGGAGUGUGUGCCUUUAUUGUCAGAAUACACAGACUGCUCAGAAGCGAAUAUAUGCUCGGGAUGCAGAAGAUGCUCGUGCACAAUAGAAGGACUCUGGUCAUGCCAGACGGUAAAUGAUUGUCCCCGUAACGGAGACGCAGAUUUGGACGAUAUUGAUACAAUUAGUAACGCAUACGAAGUCCUAUUCAAUGAACUUGGAACCAAACAGAAGUCCAAAAUUGUUCCGUCACCAAAACCAACUGAAGGAAGUCAUCUGCUGGGUUAUUUGAUUGCUAUACCU